AACUGGCUAAAUUUUAAACUAAUUGGAAAUAGUAAAGUUAAUAUUUCUGGUUAAUUUCUAUAAUGUUUCAUGCAAGUCAAAUCUUUUCCGAAAUUAAAAAUAUUGGUUUGGUAAAGGAAAAACGCGAAGAACUAAUCCAGUUUUGUAAUGCGAACAUAAAACAGAUUUUACAACAUCUAUCACAAAGAAUAUUGAAGAGCGACGGUGGUUUGAUAUUGGAAUAUGUUUUCUGUGGAUUACCAGACAAUGUCAAAAUUAAGGCAGUGGACACAGUACUACAAAAGAUAAGAUGUGAACCAAUGUCUCUCACUCACUGUGGGGAUGUGAUCAGCAGAGUAUGCUUGCAGCUGCCUAGGAUGCCAGUGCAAGACCUGGUGCGAUGGAGCAGUGACUGCGUCCAGUCGGUGGUGGAUGACAGUGAUGUUAAUAUGAUUUGGAAAGACAUUCUACCGGAAUGCCUGUACAUAGUAUCAUCCCAGGACAACAUCAAACAUUGCGGCACUGAUAUGUCCGGGGAGCAGUUCAAAGUGCAAUGUGUGAACACUUUGUGCCAGUGCCUCUGGUCGGAACGUCAGCUUGUACAACUUGCUACUAUGUUCAAGGACAUGCAACUAUCCCGUCCAGAGCUGAAACAAGUGGUGAACAAGUUGUGUUCAAACAUCCUAGACAUACCCCCUGACACGCUGCCGCCUUUAGUACACCAGUUGCUAAAAUUGUGCAAGGUGGACAACAUGGAGAUAGUGUUGUCCCACGUGAGCCACUACUUCACAAUAAAACUGUAUAGUGCAUUGGAGCCGUUGCAGCAAGACUCGGAAUCCACCACUGUGGAUGUUGACGAUAUAGUUCAACACAGCACGAAAGAGCUGAGUCAGUGUCUGUCGACGUGUCUGUACCACCUGUCGCAAGGCGGCGCGGACCCCGACCUGAUCCGCAAGCACAUCAAGAGGUGGCCCAAAGUGCAGUUGCUCCGCUCGCCCUUCCUCAUAGACCUGGCGCUCGCCAUAUCUGAUAAGGGACCUAGCUACAGAACCACUUGUUUGGAUGCCAUAAAGUCAGCAAUAGAGUUCCGCGUACUAGACGGUCUACGCAGGAAGGAGUCAGCUUGGAUUCGCUGCUCGGAAUCUGCUGACAUAGACGUGACUGUACUGCUCAAAAUGCUGACCAAUGAGAGUGUAAACCACAGACAGUUCACAGUCGUUGGACUUAUAAACCUAGCCUUUGCUCUACUGUCGGUGUCGUCUAAAAAGCCAACGGCGCCAGCGUGUUGGUCGUACGGCAAGCUGAUAUUGGUGCGACUGAGCAAAGCCCAACCAGAGACCGCUGACCACAUACUGACCCAACUCGCUGACAGACUGCUUGGAGAGCCUCAGCAGCAGUACUCAGAUUGUCUCUACGUGCUAUGCAAGCUGUCCCCCAUAUCCAUCGAGCGGUGUCCGCAGCUGGUCACCAUACUGGAGAGCUGCCAGCCGGCCGGCGACUAUGUGCCCGCAGCGCAAGUGUACGGGGCCGUAAGACCUCUCAUCUCAUACAGCACCAGAGUGAGGGACGCCCUCAUCAUGGUGUGCAGGAAGGGGCUGUAUCCCAAGGAAUCACUAUACCGCUGUCUAGCACUGUCCGGUUUCCUCACUCUGCUGAAAGAGAUAAAACUAUCUAAGGGGCCGUUGUCUCGCUCUCAGAACAGCGACCAAUACAGCACUAACUCGUACCUCAGUCAACUGACCGUGGAUUUCCACGCUACCAACAGUGGAACCGCGGUGACGUCACGAAUGCGAAACGAGACUAUAUGCUUGGAAGUGGUGUCAAUCUUGCGCCGCUGUCUCAGUCAAGAUGCCGAUGUCAAAAAGGUUUUAUAUAGAGAAUUCUAUGAAUGUACGAAAGAUAAGCAGGUACUCCACGAGAGUAUAUUGGAACAGUUGUACGAGCACCUCUUCAAGUAUCUGCCCGACGAGGACAGUGAGAAGCCACUGCUUUUAGACAAGUGCGUCACCAUGACUUUAACUACCGCAACUUUAGUCGAACCAAUGGGCCACCUUCUGUACGUCAUAGCGCAGUUCCUGCAGCCGGUAGAGGAAGACGACCCUGAAGACAUACUGGAGACGCCGAGCGAGGACAGCGCAGUGUACUUGCAGAGCAAGUUGACUCAUAUAGUGGACAAACUGUGCGCCAGCGAGUUACUGGCUUUGGUUGAUAUGGAAGAGCCGGGUCUAACGGACCUGACCCCAGAGUCCCGCGCUAAGAGUCUUCAAGUGCAGCAAGUGUUGCAGUGCGUAGAGGCGCUCAUAGCACACCGGGUGAUGCAGUGGAGCCUGCACAAAAGCGACGCCAACUCUGUAUACGGCUUAUAUCGGAUUCACAAUCAGCUUCUGGAGAAUACAAAGGGUUCCACAAAAGCGGCAAAGAAGAAUAAAUUAAAUGAAACAGGAGAGACAUCUAAGUCGCAGUCAGAGAAGGGUAAAGGCAAGGGCAAAGGCAAAGGUAAGGGCAAGCCGGCCACAACAGUCGCCACUCUAGUCAAGGAUAGAGCCGCGCCCUUCAAACCUCUGCCUUGUCUGUGGAACCUGAAGUUUUGCUUGCGAAUCUUGGAACUGCUCUACGGUGAGAACGUACUGUGGUCGUCGCUACAGCAGCGCAACGAGAUCCGCGGCAAGCGCGACUUCCACCUGUUUGCGCUGCGCUGCGUGCAGUCCGCGCUGCCCGAGAACACCAACAAGCAGAGCGUCAGCACGCACGUACUGUACAUAGCCACCUUGAUGUACAAGCGAUGCGUUUGCAGAUUUCAAGAUAUGAGCGAUUUCGACGAGCACACGACAUACGCGUGCCUCGAACUGUUCAAGUCUUGUGUGACGUUGCUUCUGUCGACCAAGUACUCUUUGAAGACCGAGAGUGUACUCAGGGGGAUAACGGGCUUAUCCGAAGCACCAGAAUCAGAAUGCCUGUCAGAAAUCAUAGACAAAGUGCACAAGGCGUUGCAGAAGUUGGAGUCUGAAGCCGCCGGUGAAGACUUGGACCUCAUCGGAAAGAAGACCUUCAGCUUGCUCGUGCAAAUCAUUACUAUGUUUUUGGAGACCCCUAUACUUGCGUGUGACGCUCUCAAUAGUAUGAUAGUAAAACUAGAAGAAUACCUCCGUUCCAGCAAACAAGCAGAGAUACUGCCGCUACUGUCUCCGUUGCUGACAGCGGCACAACGCGAGCAGCAGGAGGCCACACUGCUGACCUGCGUGCUGACAGACCUGACAUCAGCACUGGGACUUAUAAGCGACGAUAGCACCCCACCGCUCACGCAGACCGGCAUCGCCUGUAUAACCUCCUCCAGCGGCCACACGGCGCUGAGUCUAGUGUGCGCGCACCUUAACAGCCGCUUCAAGUGCGCAGAGCACUCUCUCAGCAGAGCCCGCGACCUCGUGGAAGCCGCUAGCGUAGCGGUUGAGGUUCACCAGCCCAAGUUACAACGUGAACGCAAAGAGCUGUACAAGUCAAUAGUGCUGCAGCUGUAUCAGCUGGCGGACUGGACGCGCCGCGUCGCUGCGCUGCGCUGCGCCAUCGGCGGCGACAGCGACCGCGUGCUCGGCGCCUGCGUGCGCGCCUUCAGCGUGCUCGCCGCGCUGGCCCGCAGCCUGGAGCACGACUCUGCGCACUCUGUGGCCUCAGAGCUAGAGAGGCUGAUAAAGUUCGCCGGCAAGAAGCUGUCGCCAGUGAUCGACGCGCUGGUGUCGUACGUGGAGGACGCGUCGGAGGAGGAGGCAGCCAGCAAGUCCUCGCACCACACCAAGCUCAUCCCGCGCCUGGAGUUCGAGAGGGCGCAGUUCUGCAAACACGUCAUACUACUGGGGACCAAGGUCAAAAUGAACUUCCAACAUUACGUGCCCGAGACUGCGGACCGCGAUUUCAAAAUCAAAACUAAAGCAAACCAAAACAAGAACGCACCAGAACAUGAGCCUGAUGAUGAUGACAAAGGCGAUGAGGAACCCAUGGAUGUAAGCCGGAGUGACGUCGACACAGUGAUACUGUCACCAUAUAACAGCGACCGGGAAGAGAACGAGGGGGAACAAAGUGAUGAAGAAACUUCUAGAAGGAAACUUAGGAGACUUUCAUAAACAUAUGUUCUAUGUAGAUGUUUUAUAAGAAUAAAAUUUAUAUUUUCAUAUUAUAAA